CCGCUUCCGGUCGCCCCUGUCCCGCCCCUUCCGCCUCGCCGGUGGCGGCGGCCCCUGCCCGAGUCUCAUCAGGGUCUCGGGGCGGGUUCCCUGGGCAGGACUUCUGAGCUUGUAGAGCCGCGCCCCGGGGUCCCAUGGCGAUGAACUGCAACGCCAAGGACGAGGUGGACGGCGGGCCCCCGUGUGCGCCGGGGGGCGCCGCGAAGACGCGGAGGCCGGACAACACGGCCUUCAAGCAGCAGCGGCUGCCCGCCUGGCAGCCCAUCCUCACGGCGGGCACCGUGCUGCCCACGUUCUUCAUCGUCGGCCUCAUCUUCAUCCCCAUCGGCAUCGGCAUCUUCGUCACCUCCAACAACAUCCGCGAGAUCGAGAUUGAUUACACCGGAACGGAGCCUUCCAGUCCGUGCAAUAAAUGCUUGUCCCUGAAUGUGACACCUUGCUUUUGCACCAUUAACUUCACACUGGAAACGGCAUUUGAGGGCAAUGUGUUCAUGUAUUAUGGCCUGUCUAAUUUCUAUCAAAACCAUCGUCGUUAUGUGAAAUCUCGAGAUGAUAGUCAGCUAAAUGGAGAUUCUAGUGCUUUGCUUAAUCCCAGUAAGGAAUGUGAGCCUUAUAGAAGAAAUGAAGACCUACCCAUUGCUCCUUGUGGAGCUAUUGCCAACAGCAUGUUUAAUGAUACAUUGGAAUUGUUUCUGGUCUCCAAUGAAUCUGAUCCUACACCUACGCCUAUUGUUUUGAAAAAGAAAGGUAUUGCUUGGUGGACAGAUAAACAUGUGAAAUUCAGAAAUCCUCCCGGAGGAGGAACCCUGGAGGAACGAUUUAAAGGAACAACAAAGCCAGUAAACUGGCUUAAACCAGUGUACGCGCUGGAUUUGGACGAAGAUAACAAUGGCUUCAUCAAUGAGGAUUUCAUCGUGUGGAUGCGCACUGCAGCGUUGCCCACUUUCCGAAAGCUGUAUCGUCUCAUAGAACGGACAAAUGAUUUACACCCAACGUUACCAGCUGGACAGUACUAUUUGAACAUUACAUACAAUUACCCUGUACAUUCUUUUGAUGGACGGAAACGGAUGAUCCUGAGCACUAUUUCAUGGAUGGGAGGAAAAAAUCCAUUUUUGGGGAUUGCUUACAUCACCGUGGGAUCCAUCUCUUUCCUUCUGGGAGUUGUUCUGCUAGUGAUUAAUCAUAAAUAUAGAAACAGUAGUAACACCGCGGACACAAUGGCGUUUUGAGGUUGGCACAUAAAACUUUUUUUAAAAAGCAGCCUUUGUCCUUCGCUUCUUCCCUGUGGAUGACUUACACAAAUAGAUGAUGGGUGUAACAUUUAGCUAUGUCCAUACCAGUGCUGAAACUAAGCUAAGCUUGCAUUUUAAUGUUUGCUUCUUACUGGAACUGUGCACAGAAUGCAUAGCGCUUCUUUCAUGUGAAAUGCAUCUAUUGCUUAAAUGCUGAUGCUGUGUCGAUAGUAUUAUAUGGACAUAUGAUACUGUGCAUGUGUGCCUGUUGUGUGAUGAAAGGGAUUGUAAGGUGCAUGUGUUGCCAGGUAUGGUGGUGCACACCUGUAAACCCAUCUCUUGGGAGGUUGAGGCAGGAGGAUCACUGUGGAUUCACAGCCGGCCUGCACUACAUACUGUGACCCUAUCUCAAAAAAAAAAAAAAGAUGUAUGAGUGCAGUCACGUACUAACAUCUCAGAUUCAGAGUCACAAAAAUGGAGAAAGACCAAAUCCAAUAAAACAUGUCUUCAUUUUCAUGUGUCACAUGUAAAGGCAUAAAGUACUUCAUUUAGGUGGUUCAUGUAUUGCGUUAGUCUGUUCUAGUUUAUUGGUCAGGCUCAGCUUUGAUUUCAAAGGGCAUGGAAAGUAAUGCUCACGUCUAAAAAGGACAGGUGUGUCCUGGACAGAAUUGAAAUUUCCCCUUUUCACUUGUUAAAACAUUGCACUCAGGAGCCCCAACUCAGUUGAAAUGUCUCUCUUGUGGUCAUUUCCCCUGGAGCUUACGUUUUAUAAGGGAAAAGAAUAAGGUGAGAUGCAGACUCCUUGGCAGACUUUUAUCCUCGGCCUCCACUAUAAAGUAGAGGUCUGUGGCCAGAGGAGUCUGUUUUCAUUCUUGUGGUGUUUAACAUCCAGAAACUUACUGCAGCAUUGGAAGUACCUCAAGCUCUCCUCACUUGGCAGGUAAGUGUUUUGACUCAAGUGCUAACACUGUAUUUCAGAAAAUUUUGGAACUUUAAUUUCCUCUGUAUUUCCUUGAGUUUUUUGCACACGGGUCAAACAUGGAUGUGUGUACACAUUCUCUUCAGUUAAUUAUCAGUGGUUUUGGUUGAUUUUCCAAGACACACUUUAAGGAGAUGUUCUGUAACUUUUCUACUUAAGUUCUGGGGAUUUGGGAAUAUGUACAUGAUAAAUUAUUAUAUAAAUAUGAUUGAAGUUAUUUACUAACCAGAAUUAUUUUAAUAUUGCAUAUUGAAUAAAUGCCGUAUUUGUUUGCUGUGAAACUAUUCUUGAAGUAAGUGUAAACUUAAUUUUUCUAUAUACAUGAAAAUGUAUGUAUGGAUCAGAGGUGACUUGCAUCUUAUUUUUACUAAAAUAACAUGUUUAUGUAAAAGGAUGCCUGUUAUUCAGGGUUUAUAAUAAUUUUCUUUAGUAUAUUUGAAAUCAGAAGGUCUGGGUAAUGUAUCAGUUUUGAUUAAUAUAUGGUUUUUUAAGAAAUAAAACAUAAUGUAACCGUUAUAGAAAUGUGCCACACUUACUAAGUUUUGUAUAACAUAUGAAAUUUACUUAAGACACUUGUAAUUCAUAGUGACAUUUACGCUAAAAACAUUACUUGCAUGAGUUAAUUGGUGUGUGGUUCUCCUCAGAUGUGGAGAGUAUUCCUUACCUAGAUGCGUUCUUUGUUUGGCCAGCCCUUCAGAAUGCUGUUUAUCUGAAAGUUCUCCUUCCUGCACAUGGCAGUCUUAUUUUCUGGCACAUCAGGAGGAACAGGGAUUUCUUCACUCUUUCCAGAUUAAGUUUGUGCUGUUUCAGGAGGUCUUCUGUCCUGAGUCUUUUUGUUUUUUUUUAAACUGGGGGACCACGGUUAUUGCUAAAGGAACAGUUCGACAUUUUCACCUAGCUGAGAAGAUGGAAUCUUAAAGUAUAACUGGAAUUUUAUCUGUCUCACAAGUAUAUUGAUGGGUCUGAGGUCUCCUGUCAUGUGAAGUAUAAGGGAUUCCUCUUGUUAAAUAUAAAGAAAAUGGGAUAGUCAAAUGGCCCCUGUGAAACAAGGGGGAGGGAAAAGUUUUCUCUCCUACAGGCCUUUGCUUGCAUUUUGGAAAUACUGAUGUCAUGCAAAUUUCAAAGAAUCUUAUAACAUUUCAAGACCACAAGAUUAAGUAGAAGACUUAGAAAAAUACAUUAAUUUGUAGGGAAGUAUUUGGACAUGAAAAGUUUCCCUACUGAAGGAAUUAUUCAGUAAGUAAAAGCUAAGAAAUUUCAUUGUAUUCAUAAGGCUGUUUAUGAGUAAGUGGGAAAAAAUAACUGCACUACCUGUCAGAGAAUCAUUCAACCAAAGAAGACUCAAGUAGAUAUUAUUUAUUGGAUAGUGAUGGAGUUUGUAACCUUGACUAUAUUAAAAAUAAUAGUCUAUUGGUAUGCUCUGUAUUAAUAAAAAUGAACAAAAUUA